UACAUUUGGCUCCUGGAGCAAAUCGCGGCCUCGUACACGGAGAAGGUCAAGGUCAAGGUGUACCGGGACAAGAUCCUCACCGAGUCGCUCGAGAUUCUACUCGCGCUGCCGCAAGACAAGCUCUGCUCGUUCACGCGCGUGUCGCUUUAUGGCGAGAGCGGUGUGGACGCCGGUGGGCUCCAGCGCGAGUGGUACACGCUUCUCACCCACGCGCUCUUUGAACCGUCCACCGGCCUCUUCAUCGCGGCCAACCAAGCCGAGCGGUCGUUCGGCAUCAACCCGCACUCGGCGCGCGAUCAUGGCGAGACGCAUCUCGCGCGGUUCGAGGCGUUUGGCCGGCUCCUCGCACGCGCGAUCCUCGAUGGCCAAGUGCUGCAGUGCCACCUCUGCGUCCCGCUCUUCAAGGCGCUUCUUGGCACGCCGCUCUCGAUGGACGACGUCAUGCAUUGGGACGCGACCGUGUAUGCGAGCAUGUGCUACAUUCGUGACGCGCCGAGCGUCGACGACUUGGCGCUCGAUUUUACGGUCCACGGGCCCGAUGACACGAUUGUCGAGCUGGUGCCGUUUGGCGCGCAGAUCGCCGUCACGAAUGAAAACCGCACCGAGUACUUGGAGGCGAUGACCAAGUACCUCCUCUUUGACCGCAUUCGAGACCAAGUGUCGGCGCUCGUGCAUGGGUUCUACACGGUCUUGCCCGAAGAACUCCUCUUGCCGUUCGACUACAAGGAGCUCGAGCUGCUUCUCUGCGGCACGUCGGCGAUCGAUGUCGACGACUGGCGCCUCUUCACCGCCGUCUCGUUCUCGCUCGCCAUCACCAACUGCAACGAUUGGUUCUGGGCCAUUCUGAAAGACGAGAUGACGGACGACGACCGGUCGCGGCUGCUGCAGUUUGCGACCGGCUCGUCGCGCGUGCCGCUCCAAGGGUUCAAAGGGCUCACGAGCUACGAUGGCCUUUUGUGCCCGUUCUCGCUCCAGGCGAUCGAGUACAAGUCCGGUGCGCUUCCGCGAGCGCAUGCGUGCUUUAACCGCAUCGACUUGCCGCUCUACCCGACGCGAGCGCUCUUGAAGGAAGCACUGUUUGCGAUUGUCCGCCUCGAGAUGACCGAGUUUACCCUCGUGUAG